AUGGGAUUCCCUGCGCUGAAGAACGGUAUCAACAGACGGGCAAUUGCCUGCCAUGGACGUAUUCCGGGAUUACGGACGUUGCCAUUUCCAGCUGUAGGCAUAAUCGUUGGAUUGGUGUUUGCAAAUGCCAUUGUCUGGGUGGCAAUCGGUAUUCUUCUUCACUUUCAUAUAGCUCUCGUCUCCACGGCCGUGCUGAGUUACACUCUCGGUCUCCGCCAUGCUCUCGAUGCGGACCACAUUUCCGCAAUCGAUCUGAUGACUCGUCGGCUCAUAGCAUCAGGUCAACGUCCGGUUACUGUUGGAACUUUCUUCUCUCUUGGUCAUUCAACAAUCGUCAUUGUCACUUCCGUGGUAGUCGCCGCCACGGCCUCUGCUAUCAGCUCCAGGUUCGGGGCAUUCAGUAAGAUUGGGGGCAUCAUCGGUACAUCUGUCUCUGCUGGCUUUCUCAUUAUACUUGGAAUUAUGAACAUAUAUAUUCUACACAAACUUGUACAAUUGAUGAGAAAGUUGAUCGCUUCAGCCCCAGGGGAUGAGCAAAGUUUUGAAAUCAAAGGAGCUGGAUGCUUAUUUUAUCUUUUCAAAAGAAUAUUCAAGCUUAUUGACCGUCCAUGGAAAAUGUGCAGUCCACUCGAGACCCCUCUUUCAGCACACGGUGCAGGAUCAUGCAAAGCUAAUCAGCAGGUGUCUGUUCUUAGGUACCCUUUGGGCCUGUUGUUCGGCCUUGGCUUCGACACUUCUUCAGAGGUCGCACUGCUGGGGAUUGCAUCUAUUCAAGGGGCGAAAGGCACAAGCAUAUGGCUCAUUCUGAUAUUUCCGGUGCUGUUCACCGUUGGGAUGUGCCUGCUCGAUACCAUUGAUGGUGCCUUGAUGAUGGCUUUAUAUACCUCUACAGCACUUGCAAAGGAUCAGAUCGCUAUACUGUAUUAUUCGAUUGUGCUCACGGUCAUCACGGUUAUGGUAGCGAUGAUUAUAGGAUUUGUUCAACUGUUGACUCUCGUCCUUAACGUUGCUCAGCCCUCAGGUGGUGCUAUUUGUGGCUCCUUUGUCGUUUUGGGUGGCUUGAGUGCACUGUUGUAUAAACCCUGGCGGAGAAGAAUCGACCGCAGAAGAGAGAGACAUCCACAGCAUCAGCAGUUGCAGAACGACAAAGAAUUGGGUACUUUGCCUGAGCUUAAUGGAGUGUUACUGGAUUUUGACGUUUCCCAAAGAGACGGAGAGACUCCGACUAAUGGCAACGACAAUUCAGACAACCCGAAUGUUUUCGAAGCUGAAAUACUUCCGACCUUCACUAGCUGCCAUGGUGCACCUUCUCGAUCAGCAGUGGUGUAG